AUGGUUCACUACACCGCCCCGGCGACAGAAUGGUCACAAGCACUUCCGAUUGGCAACGGCCGUCUCGGUGCCAUGGUGUAUGGUCGAACAGGAACAGAACUGCUGCAGUUGAACGAGGAUUCCGUUUGGUACGGAGGAGUUCAAGACAGAACCCCUCGAGAUGCAUUGAGAAAUUUGCCUCGGCUCAGAGAGUUGAUCCGUUCCGAGCGGCAUGCCGAGGCAGAGAACCUCAUCCGAAAAGCAUUCUUCGCCACACCACACAGCCAACGACACUAUGAGCCAUUGGGGAUGUUCACGUUGGAGUUUGGACAUGAGGAUGUCGAGAAGUAUAGUCGCCAGCUGGACCUUGAGACAGCCAUCACGAGUGUGAGAUAUGAGCAUGGUGGGGUCACUUACGAGCGGGAGGUCUUUGCCAGCUCUGAAGACAACGUGCUUGUCGUGGAAUUGAAGUCUUCAAUAAAGUCAGAAAUUGUUCUUCAAUUAACUCGAGUAAGUGAGCGAGAAUAUGAAACAAACGAGUUUGUUGAUAGCAUUGAAGCAACGAGCGAUAGCACAAUUAUCAUGCAUGCCACUCCCGGUGGACGUUUGAGUAACAAACUAUGCUGUGUGGUAGCUGUUCGUUGUCAAGAUGACGGGUCUAUUGAAAAGGUUGGCAAUUGUCUCGUUGUAAAGUCUGCAAAAGCAACCAUAGUUGUAUCUGCUCAGACAACUUUCAGACAUCAAGAUGUCGAGUCCGUCGCAUUUUCAGACGCUAUCCAAGCCUUAGAGAAGCAGAAUCUACGAGACAGACAUGUUGAGAGCUAUAGAUCUCUCUAUUCCCGCAUGCAGCUGGACUUGGGUCCUCGAAACUCUGACUGUCCGACAGACAAACGGCUACUCGAUAACCCGGACCCAAGCCUCAUCGCUCUGUACCAUAAUUAUGGACGGUAUCUUAUGAUCUCAUGCAGUGGACCUGGACUUCAAGCUCUUCCAGCUACAUUACAAGGAAUCUGGAAUCCAUCGUUCCAGCCUGCUUGGGGAAGCAAAUACACAAUCAACAUCAAUACGCAGAUGAAUUACUGGCCAGCAAACGCGUGCAAUCUGGCUGAAUGCGAGCUACCACUUUUUGAUUUAUUAGAAAAGAUGUCUGAACGCGGUCAAAACACUGCGAAGUUGAUGUAUGGGUGUCGAGGCUGGUGUGCUCAUCAUAACACGGACAUCUGGGCUGAUACUGAUCCUCAAGAUCGAUGGAUGCCAGCGACUAUUUGGCCUCUUGGAGGUGCUUGGCUUUGCUAUCACAUAUGGGAAACUUACUCAUUCAACGGAGAAAGGUCCUUUCUCGAACGGAUGUAUCCUGUGUUGAGAGGCUGCGUCGAGUUCUUGGUCGACUUUCUGAUUGAGGACGCAACUGGUAGAUACCUCGUCACGAAUCCUUCACUCUCACCAGAAAACACUUUCAUCGGAGAUAAUCACACUCCAGGUGUCCUCUGCGAAGGUUCGACCAUCGAUAUUCAAAUCAUACAUGCCAUAUUCAGUGCAUACAUCGACAUCGUAGCUGAUCUGAAUAUCAACGACGAUUUCCUCACCAAGGUACAGCAGUCCCGCGAUCGACUUCCACCAAUGGUCAUAGGUUCUUACGGACAACUUCAAGAAUGGUCUCGCGAUUACGCUGAGCUCGAGCCUGGGCACAGACACACAUCUCAUCUAUGGGCACUCCACCCAGGAAAUGCCAUAACCAAGACUAAGACGUCUCUCGCAGCAGCAGCUGCUGUUGUUCUCCAUCGAAGAGCAAAACAUGGAGGUGGACACACAGGUUGGAGUCGAGCAUGGCUCAUCAAUUUCCAUGCUCGAUUGGGAGAUGCUGAGGGAUGCUUGGAACAUAUUUGCAGAUUGCUCAAAGAUUCUACACUACCUAAUAUGCUCGAUAAUCACCCUCCGUUUCAAAUUGAUGGGAAUUUCGGUGGGUGCGCAGGAAUUGUGGAGAUGUUGAUUCAAAGUCAUGAUGGGUGUAUUGAAUUGCUACCUGCUUGUCCGAAAUCUUGGAAUGUGGGUUCUUUGAAAGGUGUCAGAGCUCGUGGUGGAUUUGAAGUUGAUUUUGAGUGGGAGGAUGGGGUAAUCAAGGGGCGUGUGAUUGUGAAAUCUUUGUUGGGCAAGACUGGAAUGAUCAAGUUUUCAGGAGGCAAGACUGCGAGGUUCGAGGGGAGAGGUGUGCAUUCUAUAGAGCCUCCUCCAACUCUGCUGUCUGCGGGUGCAAAUGUCCCAAGAUCUUAGGGCGAAUGAUAUGCCUUUG